AUUUGAAUUGACGUACGUUGGAAGAAAUAGGUAUAGCCAAAUGUGAAGAGUAAUCGAUUAACACUAUAUAUGAAUUCUUUUUGUUUUUCACUCCGUUGCGGGAUUAGGGUUUCGUCGUCGUGAUCGUAACUGCUUUUCAUUAAUGGACACCGAUAAUGGAAUACCGAAUCAAGGUGAUUGGAGAAGUCAAUUGCACCCUGGAUCACGCCAAAGAAUUGUCAAUAAAAUAAUGGAAGGUUUAAAAAAGCAUGUUCCCGUUUCUGGUCAAGAGGGAUUGCUUGAACUUCAGAACAUUGCCCAAAUGUUUGAAGACAAGAAUUUUACUGUUGCAACAAGCCAGUCUGACUAUCUAAAGAAAAUAGCUACGAGGAUGCUUGAAUUUGAGAUUAAAUCCCGGGGCACUGUGGUCACCAAUAUAUCAUCAUCAUUAGAUAUGCUUACAUUGGAGACUGAAUCCCAGGACACUAUGGCCAACAAUAUAACAUCAUCUUUGGAGACUGAAUCCCAGGACACUAUGGCCAACAAUUUAACACCAUCUUUGGAUAUGGAGACUGAAUCUCAGGGCACUAUGGCCAACAAUUUAGCACCAUCUUUGGAUAUGGAGACUGAAUCUCAGGGCACUAUGGCCAACAAUUUAACACCAUCUUUGGAUACGGAGACUGAAUCUCAGGGCACUAUGGCUAAUAAUAUGACAUCGAAUCAAGUUGGCCCUAUCAAUGAACCUCUUGACCCAGCCAAUGGGAAACCGGAUCAAGGUGAUUGGAGAGGUAAAUUGCAGCCUGGAACGCGUGAAAGAACUGUCAACAAACUAUUGAACACAUUGAUAAGGUGUCUUCCCUUUCCUGGUCUAGAAGGAUUGCCUCAACUUCAAAAGCUUGCUCAAAAGUAUGAAGAGAGGGUUUUUACUGCUGCAACAAGCAAGUCUGAUUAUGCCAUGAAAAUAUUUUUGAGGAGUCUUAAAAUAGAGACUAAACACCAGGGCGCCUUUUUGGCCAAUGGAGUGACAUGGAAUCAAAUUGAUCCAGCCAAUGAGAGGCCAGAUCAAGGUGAUUGGAGAAGUACAUUGAAGCCUGAAGCGCGCGAAAAAGUUAUCAACAGAAUAAGGUACACAUUAAAAAAACAACUUCCUAUUGUUUCUGGUCAUGAAGGAUCAGAUGAGUUUGGAAAGAUUGCCCAAAGCCUUGAAGAGGGGAUUUUUACUUGUGCAACAAGCAAGGCUGAUUAUGCAAGGAAAAUAUGUUUGAAGCAUCAUGCAUUGAAAACUAAAUACGAGGGCCCUGAGAACAUUAUACCAAUGAAGUUGGUACAACUAAGGAAAUGAAAUAGAUAGAGUCGCGUGUUUAUCUUGCGUGCUAUGUCAUAAGCUCUAGUGAAAAAUGUUAUUAGAAGAGUCUUAUGCAAUUAACUAAACAUGAAAGUAUAAGGAGAAAGAAAACAAGAGGGGGAAAUGAGAAAAUUAUUCUUCCAUCUUUUAAACACCUCCAUAUAAAAAAACAUGCAUCAAAACAAUUUUGUUUAUAGCUAAUUUCAUAUAUUUUUUGAAUAUUGAGUAUACACAUUUGUUCAAUGAUAUAAUAUUCUGUGAGACUUAACAAAAA